GGCUCUGGGAGGGAGUUUGGGUGAGGGAGGAGGUCUGGGGUGCAGGCCCUAGGCUGGGGCAGGGGAUUUGCCCCUGGGGCAGGCUCUGGGAGGAAGUUUGAGGAUGGGAGUAUUGAUAUCACUAGGCAUCACUAGGCCAGAUUUAGCUGCUCCCAUUGACCUCCAGCAGGCAGAGUCCCUCCCCCGCUCUCCCCCUCCCCCUGCCUCAGCAUCGCAUUGCCAGCAAGCUGCGGGGGAGGGGCUCUGUGCUCUGCAGCCUGUUUGGUUUCGCUUCAUGUAGAGCCAGCGUCUCGGGGCAUGGUAAGGCAUGGGCUAGAUUUCAGCAGAGACUUAAACCUUCUCCUAAGAGGUGUGUCAGAGCUAGACAUAGUGACAGAUGGUGUCCCCUCUCACCUGCUGGUCCAUGGCACACUGGCCUUCCCCCUGGGUUUAGACGACGCCUAUCAAUGCUUUCUUGCUGCAUCUCACUAUGGCCAGGGCCGUGUGGUGGUGGCAACACAUGAGGAUCUUCUUAGCACCCCGAAGCUCACAGACUUCAUCCUCAAUGCCAUUCACUGGCUGGGUGCUGAGAAGAAAGGGAGAAUUGGCAUCAAUCCCAAUCUGAAGAACCUUCAUGACUUGUUGACUCAAAGGCAGGUGGUGUGCGAGAUCUCAGAGCUUACCGACAAUCUCAACAUCUACUGCUGCCAGUCCUACAGUGACAACGAAGCCGAGAAGAUCCAUGAGUUUGUGGCAGAAGGAGGGGGCCUGCUGAUUGGAGGUCAGGCUUGGUGGUGGGCUUCUCAGAAUAAGAGCCAAAACGUUCUGGCUGAAUAUCCUGGCAACAAAAUCCUCAAUGGAUUCGGGAUCAGCAUCCUGGGGGAAACCAUGGAGGUAGGCAAGUACCCAGUGUUACGACCCGAAGAGCAGCAGGGACAUUACCACUUCCGCAGGGCACUCGCUCAGUUCCAGCAGCACCUAGACAAGAAGGAGGAACUCCAGCCCCCAGUGACAGGCUGGCUUCAGAAACUCAGCCAGGACUGCGCCAAAGUCCUUCAGAUCCCAGUCAAAAAUGGCCACGUCUACACCUCAUUGUACCACAUCCUGUACGAGAUGGUGCAGAGCAAUGGGAUCUCACCGGUGAGCAAGGAACACCCAGUCAAGAGGCACUCCAAGGAGGUCGUGCUGCUUCACGUGGCUACAGCAUUAUGCCAAACCAGCAUUAUAUCCGACACUGCGAGGCUAGCGCUCUGUGAACUCCCCACAGUCUCUAGCACCACUGUGGAAAUCAACUGCACAAACACAGGUGAUGCAGCAUGGAGGAGCACAGGACUUUACCUUCCACCUGGGAACACAGUGACCUUUGUAUUUCCUAGUGCUGUUACUGGAGUUGGCCUGCAGGUGCAGAUUGGGUGUCACUCAGAUGACCUCAACGGAGCAGAGGAGCUGAAACGCCCCCCUGUGGUGAUACGCAGAUGUGAUGUCAAAGAUCAGGAGAUGUCAGUCUCCUCUCUCUGGGGGGGCCUCAUUUACAUCAUAGUGCCAAAGGGAAGCCAGCUGGGGGGAGUGUCUAUCACUGUAAAAGGGGCUGUGCAGGCUCCUUUCUUCAGGCUUGGAAAGACAUCUAAGAGCCAGUGGCUGACCUGCAUCCGUCACUAUCCAGCUCCGUGGGCAGAACUAGCUACCCAGAACAUCAUCUUAACGGUGCCUGCUGACAGCAUCCGUCCCACAGACGAUCCAGAGCCUUUGCUGACUCUCUGGGAGCGGAUUAUGGCAGCUGUAGCUGAGCUGGCAGCUACACCAGCCACGUUCCCUCGGCCAGAAAGGAUUGUAGCAGAUGUUCAGAUCUCAGCCGGUGAGUACGGUGUAUUGUCAUAAAAGGCAAAAGAGCGACGCCCUGGGGUAAAGGAUUGACUUGGAGGCUGGGAGCCAGGAACUUUUUAAUUGCAAUGCUGGUUCUUCCGCUGACUCUCACUAUGACACCUUGGAGAGUCACUAACCUCUGUUGAGCUUUUCACCAAGACA